ACAUCCUAGAAAAUGGCAGCUUCUCGACGUCUUCAUCUGCUCAGUCAUUUCUUCAUUGCACAAUGCAGGAGAAACAGGAUAAUGGGAAGAUGAAGAAACCAACAAGAGGAUUAGAGAAUAUGACUGUGGCAUCUUUGCAUUACAACCUCCAAAGGCACACAAGAAUUCAUACUGGAGAAAAGCCCUAUGGCUGUGUUGAAUGUGGAAAACGAUUCACUGUCAGUAGCCAACUUCUGUGCCACACAAGGAUUCAUACUGAGAGAAGCCAUUUAGCUGUCCUGAAUGUGGUAAAAGAUUUUACUACAGUAGCCAUCUUCAGAACCACAUCAGAAUUCAUACUGGGGAGAAGCCUUAUUGCUGCUCUGAAUGUGGCAAAAGAUUUUCUGAAUUUUCCAGUCUCCAUAGACAUGCAAGAAUCCAUACUGGAGAAAAACCAUUUUGCUGUUCGGAGUGUGGCAAACGAUUCUCCCAGCAACAGCAGACUUCAGAACCACUUAAGAAUUCACACAGGAGAGAAACCCUAUGUUUGCCCUGAAUGUGGCAAACAGUUCAGCAACAGUGGCAGUCUUCAUUCUCACAAAAGAACUCAUGCUGGAGAGAAGCCAUAUGUCUGUCCCGAAUGUGGCAAGAAUUUCAGCAACAGCAGCAGUCUUCAGUCUCACAAAAGAAUUCAUGCUGGGGAGAAACCAUAUGUCUGUCAUGAAUGUGUGCUCUUCAGAGCCGUACAGAUCCACACAGGAGAGAAGCCAUAUAGCUGCUUGGAAUGCGGUAAAAGAUUCUAUCACAGUAGCUCUCUUCAGAGGCACACACAGAUUCAUACCGGGGAGAAGCCGUAUGUCUGCUCGGAAUGUGGCAAAAGAUUCUAUCACAGUAGCUCUCUUCAGCGGCACACACAAAUUCAUGCUUGA